AUGAUUCGCCGGCGCUGCAGCAGCACGAUUUGCUGCAGCAUCCGCAAGAAUCGCUGCAGCAGCAGCAAGAUCCGUUCCAACAGCAGCACGAUCCCUUGCAGCAGCAGCAAGAUCCGUUGCAGCAGCAGCACUAGUGCGUCUUGCUGCCGUUUUAGAGUGCCUCACUACAGCAUGAGUCGCUGCAGCAGCAGCAGGAUUCGCUGCAGUUGUAGAGGCAGCAGCACAGCUCUUCCUGGUGCUGCUGCAGCACGAGUCACUGCUGCAGCAAGCGAGUACGCUGCUGAGCUGCAGCAGAAGCAAGGUUUGCUGCUACUGCAGCGCUGUUUGCUGCAGCAGCAGCAAGGCUUGCUGCCGCUGCAGCGUUGUUUGCUGCAGCACGAGCAAGCUUUGCUGCAGCAGCAGCUUGAUUUGUUCCAGCAGUAG